GAACUAGCGAGAGAAUGCCGUCAUUUAAUGGCAUUCGUUUAUGUUUCGACUGCUUAUUCUCAUCAUUACAAUCAAACGAUCGAGGAGAAAUUUUACCCGCCACCGGCCGAUUUGAAGCUGAUCAAAGAUUUGAUACGUGCUGACGAAGAGAACGCAGCUGGAGUUACCGAGGAAGUGGUUCAAAGCAUGGUAGACAAGUGGAUCAAUAUUUACAGCUUUAGUAAAGCCACCACUGAAGAAUUGGUUCGCGAUUUUGCUAGAAAAACCUCGUUACCCUGUAUCGUCUAUCGGCCUUCAAUAGUUAUAUCGACAUACAAGGAACCAAUUCCAUGGAUUGGAAACAAAAAUGGUCCAGUAGUAUUGAUAUCAGCAGGCAUGAAUGGUUACUUAUAUGUGUUGUAUUGGUAUGAGCACGUUAUUAUUGACAUGAUUCCGGUUGACAUGACAAUUAAUGGCCUUUUGGCAGCGAUUUGGGACUUUGUCGUGAAUAGGAAAUCGAAUGAACCACAAGUAUACAAUUAUGCAAGUUCCGAUUGGAAUCCAUUAAAAACCUUUGAACUAUGUGCACACAGUAGAGACAUUGUACAUAAGAAUCCUUCGGUUAAAGCGGUCUGGUACCCGUUUCUCAUUUGUUCUAACAACAUUCUCAUUUUCCUUCUACUUCAUACACUUUGGCAUGUUUUACCAAGUUUAUUUAUCGACUUAUUCCGUUUACUUCGGGGAAAGAAACCAGUACUCACAAGAAUAUUGGUCAACGUAACAAAAAAUUAUAGAUUACUGUCGUAUCUUGCAUGCUCCAAGUGGGUUAUCAAGGCGGAUAAACUCAAAGAAAUUCAAAGUAGAAUGAACAAAGUCGAUUUGGAAGAGUUUCCUUGUGAUUUAGGAUCAGUGGACUGGUAUAAAAGUUUAGAAAAAUUUAUAGUAGCUUUACGAAAACUGCAGAAUGAACCACCGUACGCGAGUAAACCACCGUACUCGAGGCAAAGCGGAAGAAUCGAAAUUUGA